UGUCGAUAUGUUAUUGAUGAUCCUGCUAGUGGGGGUUAAACGCUAGCACAUGUCGGCCCAUGUCGAUAUGUUAUUGAUGAUCUUGCUAGUGGGGGUUAAACGCUAGCACAUGUCGGCACCUGUCGAUAUGUUAUUGAUGAUCCUGCUAGUGGGGGUUAAACGCUAGCACUUGUCGGCACAUGUCGAUAUGUUACUGAUAGAACCGGUUCGUUCCUGUAACCCUACUAGUGGGGGUUAAACACUAGUAAUUUCUGUUGCCUGUCAGUGGGAGGUUUAUAACACUGGCCGUGACCUAUAGAGGAGACAUCUAUUUCGUACUCGUACUGUAUCUGUUUUCAUGAUUACACUUGUUGGCAUGCUAUGAGUUUAAUUAACGGUUUGUCAUGAAACGUUUUGUUAUUGAACUGAAUAUGAUUUUACAUUGACGGUUUGUCAUUGAAUGCUUUGCAAGUGAACUGAAUUUGAUUUUGUCAUUGAGUUAUUUGUUAUGUUAAACUGGUUAUCAGGCAUGUUAAAAGUUUUAACCAAGGGCUAUCCAUAUUUACUUACUGAGUUAUCUCAUAAUUUUCCUUGUCCACCAUUUCAGGAAGCGAAACCGAGAAUGGGGAAACCGAGGGGAGUGACGAGUUAGAAGGCUAGCCAUUUUGAGAUUGAUAUAGAUUUUAGAAAUAAAUUGUGAUAUUGUAAACUCGACUUUAUUGGAGGUUUAUGAUAUUGGAGGAAAUUAUAAAUUUUGAUCUUCAGA